AUGAACAGAACGGGUUUAGCCGGCAAUCGGGCGAGACUGACUUCUAUUGUCGGUAAUAGUUUGUGGCCGGGAAUCUUAUCACAACCAGAACCACUCGAAGAUGUGCUCGCGACCGUAAAUCCUCGAUCGUGCUCGUGACUACGAUAAGAUCGCCCAUAGUCCGCCUAAAUCAGUUGCGCCGCGAUCGCCGCCGAGGCUAGACAUGUCGGUGUCCUGGUCCAAGACUAUUGUGCUGCUUACUGUCGCCUGGGUGAGCACCCUGUGCCUCCUUCCGGUGGAGACGUUCUGUGACACCUCCUACUACGAGAAGUACUACGCCGCCAGGCGGUACGUGCCACUAAAACGGAAUGCUCCGCUUCUCUUCAACUUUACGCUCGCCAUUCCAGAGGAUGUGAAACUGGCCAGCCACGAGCGGCCUGCCUUGGUGGGUAAUCUGGCGGCACUGGGCUCCUGGCAGGCUGGCCAGGCGGUGCUCCUGAAUCGCACCGACAGUCACAGAGUGUGGACCGGCUCCGUAGAGAUACCGCAGAACAGCAGCGUGGAGUAUCGAUACUUUUCUGCCGCCGUGGGCAAGAGCGGAGCCGUUCAGAUCCGGCGCUGGGAGUCACAUGUCCUGGCCAGGAGCUUCAACACGACCAAGUUUUCAGGAAAUCGUAGUGACGAAUUCGGACUGAUCGACCAUCAGCGGCAGCUGUCGCGUGGAUGGCUCCAGGACUCCGGGAGUAUCCUGCAGCUGAAGGUAUUCCGGGAGGCCCUUACAUUGGAGGAGCAGCCAGAGGAGGGACGCGGUCAGCUGCGGCUGCGCUUGCAGCCAGUGGAUCCGAAAAGCCUGGCGCCCAUCCUCAGCUCGGCUCGGGCCAAUGUGGAGUACGUGCGCAUGGCCUACGGAGACAGUAUACUAAGAACCCAACCGGAGUACGGAGUACCCUAUGCCACUCCGGAUAUCCUGAUGUAUCACAUAAGCCUCGAGCAGCUCGAUCAAGUGGCCUUCCUGGUAGAGGUGUACGCCGAGGAGCCGGAGGAGAGCCUGGUCCGCCUACUGGGCUACGCGCACCUGCUUCCCGAGUCCUUCCCCGGUACCGAAGGCGCUCUCUCCAUCAAUCUGAUCUCGCCACUCUGGCAAAGAGUGGUAGGUCAACUGCAGCUGGAGUUCCUCAACAUCCGGCCCAUGGAGCGGGACGGCUUCGAUCUACGCACAAGCUUCGCCAACUACUGGAGAUCCAACUGGACGGCCCUGGAGAUCGGCCACCGGGGACUGGGCAAGAGCCUAACGGUAACCUCGAAUGCCGCCCCGCUCAUCGAGAACACGGUGGCCUCCAUGAUUGCUUCCGCGGAUCGGGGAGCCGACUUCGUGGAGUUUGACGUCCAGCUGACCAGCGAUCUGGUGCCCAUCAUUCACCACGACUUCUCCAUUCGCGUGUGCAUUGACUCCAAAACGCCGACCAGUCGCAACGACCUCACCGAGGUGCUGCUAAAGGACAUCACCUACGAACAACUGAAGGAGCUAAAGACCUACCAGGUAGUGGGCAACAAGAUUGUAGAGUAUCCAGCCCACAACAAUGUCGAGCCUCCGGAGCAGCGCCUCUUUCCCACGCUGCAGGACUUCUUCGAGCGCGUCAACCAGUCCACUGGCUUGGACAUUGAGAUCAAGUGGCCGCAGCAGAAGGUGGACGGAACCUUCGAAAGCGAGCAGACCCUGGACAAGAAUCUUUUCGCUGACCGAAUCCUGGCCGUGGUGAGGCAAUACGGAUGCGGGAGGGUGAACCUCCUCAAGAGCUUCGAUGCCGAUCUCUGUUCGCUUCUGCGCUUCAAGCAACACAUGUACCCGGUGCUCUUCCUCACCAGCAGCAAGGAGAACGUGUUCACCGAUCCCCGGACCAGCACCGUGGAGCAGAGUGUCAACUUUGCCCAGGCCUUUGAUUUCGGGGGGAUUGUGCCGAAUGCCGUGUUCGUCAAGUCCGAUCCGGAGUUGGUGAAGCGGGCCAAGGAGCAGGUGCCGAUUGUCCUGCUCUGGGGAUCGGAUCUUAAGGACCGUGACUCCAUCGAUUGGUUCCUGCGACAAGGGCCCACGGGCGUAAUCUACGAUCGGCUUGAUCUCUGGCUGGGCGCCAACAGGACCAGCGCCUUCGAGGCGGAGGACGACCUGCCGGGCUACUUCCAGCUUCAGUGCGACCCGGCGUCCAAGACUCGAGAAGUCAACGCCACCGUCGAGAGUAUUCUGAGUAACGUUAACUUAUUGUAGAGCCACAGUCCUGUACACACAUUUAAUAUGCCAAAUAAUAAACGAAAUAAAAACGCAA